AUGGAAUACAAAUUUCAACCAAAUGUGGGCCAUCCUGGGGAACUUUACCAACCGAUCCAGCCUUUACAAGAAACAGUUAUCGAUGCUGAUCAAAGCGUUCCCGUUGCUGAUCUCAGUGCCUUGCAUUUGAGCAAUCAGACUCAAGAUGCUACCGAUCCUGCUCAAAAUGAUGACUCGGUGUUCUCCCCGAUCAAACCGUCGACAUUUUAUACGAAUGCCGCACCAAAUGGUCAAUUAUAUUAUCAAGGGACCCCCAAAAUGCCGGACAGUUACGGCACAGGUGGCCAGUUUUAUUCCAGCUUCUUCUUCCAGACAUGGCCUUAUCCGAGCGCUGCAGCGAAUUCUUCAGUUACGGCGACAAUUGCCGGCGCUUCGCCCUGCUCCUCCAAUACCACUGAACUGAGCUUCACACAGCCGACCACUGUUAUUACUGAUCCAGCCACUCAGAUGCUUGUCGCACAGAAUCAAACAACAACACAAAACUUUUUUUCUCCGAACUAUCCUGCUUAUUCGACCACAGACUACUAUAAUUCAUUGCAUGGUGCGAAUUUACUGGCAGCCCAAAGUCGACUGACUGUUCCUACAACAGCUUGCUCUUCAUCUGGCUCUGCCUCAUCUAGAACAUCCGGUGGUGCUGCAGCUGCAGUUCGUGCCAAAUCCAGAAAUGCUACGUCAGAAAGACGGGAAUGUGUGAACUGUGGCGUCGUACAGACCCCCUUAUGGCGAAGAGAUGGUGCUGGCCAUUACCUUUGCAAUGCAUGUGGUCUGUACCAUAAGAUGAACGGGCAAAGUCGUCCACUUGUGAAACCCAAGAAGAGACAGGUAAAUUAUUUUUUACAACAAUUUCCAUGGAUUUCACUUUUUUUUAUUUACAAAUCGCCACUUAUUCUUGAAACUGUGUUUUGUUGUUAA